UCAGUCAAACCAGUGACAUAUAUAUGUUCUGGGCUUUGCGAUCAUCUUCAAAACAUUAAUUUCCUCACAUAAUAAUACUUCAUAUCAUAUAGCAGAAUAUAUAAUCUAUAUCUCAAUAUAUAUAUAGCAAAAUUAAGUAGGAGUGAUGGGUGUUGAUAAUCGAAGUGCAGUGAUAAGCAUAGUAACAAUUGUGUGUUUCCUUGUUUUAAUGUUUGUAACUCCCUCUAUUCCUCAAGAUCAGGAUUAUCACAAUUUCGCUGAUCAGCGUCAUUUUUUAGGUAUACCUAAUGCUCUGAAUGUUAUUUCAAAUGUGCCGUUCUUAAUUAUUGGUGUCAUAGGGCUCAUACUUUGCUAUUAUAAAAACUAUUUCAAGUUGAGUCUGCAAGGUGAGCUUUGUGGUUGGACAUUGUUUUAUAUUGGUGUGGCUGCUGUUGGUUUUGGAUCUUCUUAUUAUCAUCUUGAACCGAAUGAUGCUCGCCUUGUUUGGGAUCGUUUGCCUAUGACCAUUGCGUUCACUUCCAUUAUUGCAAUAUUUAUCAUUGAAAGAAUUGACCAGCGAAAGGGAACGUACUCCAUCAUUCCAUUGCUUUUGGUUGGUGUCAUAAGUAUUUUGUACUGGAGGUUUUUUGAUGAUCUCCGACCAUAUGCCUUGGUUCAGUUUCUACCUUGCAUUGCUAUUCCUGUGAUGGCCAUCAUGUUGCCUCCAAUGUAUACGCAUUCUUCAUAUUGGCUGUGGGCUGCAGGAUUCUAUCUUCUAGCUAAGGUUGAAGAAGCCACAGAUGAUACAAUUUACAAUUGGACUUAUCAUAUAGUUAGUGGACACACUCUCAAGCAUCUGUGUGCUGCAAUGGUUCCUGUAUUCUUGACACUCAUGCUUGCAAAGAGGGAUAUUGCAAACGAGAGGAUAAGCUUGCUGCAAAUAUGGAAAAUAUCAUGGACUAAAUACACCCGAGAUGGUGUGGAGACUCAAAAUGAAACCGUCACCUACACAAGUGUUCCUGUUGACGAGUCUCGUGAAUGAGUUUUACCGUCUUACAUGGUAUUACCAAGUUCAUCCGUACAUACUUAACUUCUUAUUAUGAAUCAUAACUUUGUUAACUUGUAUUGCGUCAUGGUCUUUUGGUGACUUGACUUGUGACUCAGAAAGAAUACAGAAAGGGAAAUGACAGUUAAAUUUGGAUUUGAAUUGUACUAAAAUAGAGUGCGAUUUUGGACACAUCAAAAUGAAAAAAAAGUGUUGUAUUAAUUUUUUUUACGAAAAGUGAUAUUCAGUUUGUGGAUUA